AUGGCUUCAGCAGCAGUCGAUCAGUCCGCCGGUGGACAUACCACCACCUUUGAGCCACUUACCACCGUUCAGACCGGUGUGACCAAGCAUCAUGUUCGCACCAUCUUGAACUACCACAAGCCCAAUGAGGAUGGAAGCCCACCUCAUGCGACGUACGUCGGCAGGCCAGAGACCUACGAGCGACCCGUCGACCCAGUCGAAGUGACCAUCAACGAUAUCCGCGGCGAGACAGACAAAUACAAUCUCGACAGCAAUGGCUUCCAGCUCUACAACUUCCCCUCGGCCGAGAAGGACUUCCUCGACGACGACAAGAUCAAGGCCGAGUACUAUCCCGAGACGGAGAGACUGCUCAAGGAAGCCACCGGCGCCUCCCGUGUCUUCAUCUUCGACCACACCAUCCGCCGCCCUGGCCCUCCCAGCGCCGAAAACCCCACCGAGAACACCCCGGCCGCACCCCUCCGCGGCCCCGUCCAGCGCGUACACAUCGACCAAUCCUACACGGCCUCGCGCUCCCGCGUCCCCCACCACCUGCCCGAGCUCGCCGACCAGCUCCUCAGACCCGCCACCAGAUCAUCAACGUCUGGCGCCCCAUCAAGCCAUCUACAAGGAUCCUCUCGCUGUGGCCGACGCACACUCCGUGCCCGAUACUGA